AUGGGUUUACUGGCUUUAGAGGUGGUUGACUGCUAUACUAAACUGGAUUUUCGGACGGGUAUGGUUCCACACAAUGGGCAGUGGGAGAAGAGAAUGGGAGAGGAAGUGAAGGGUCCUUUCCACAACUACCAGAGAAGAUACCUUAAGACUAAAGUUGAAAUGCUUAACCUCCAGCAUCAGUUCCACCAGAGACAGGCUGAUGAGCUACUGCAGCUUUUUAGCAUAUUCUCAUUGAGAGUAGGCACUAGGGAUGGCAAUUAA